CAGAGGACGGAGCCUCUUCUCCUCCGCAGUCUGCUCCUUCCCCGAGAUCCGACCUCCUGUCCCCGCUGCGGAGCCGCACCGAGAGUCGCCGGGACACGCCGAUAAAGACGAGGAUGCGACAGGUCAGAUUCGGUCCCUCGUGUUUCUCCUGAGCGAUGACGAUGGGUCAGAGGGAGGAGUCAUGCUGGUGAGGCCAACCAGCCGCAGUCCACCCCUGAAAAACCACCGCGGAUACACCAACUGACAGGACCAUGCCCCGUUUGCCCCCGUGAUCCUCCACCCCUGACCUCCGCACCUUCCCUCGGGCCCGAUCUACCCCCCCCGCCACCACACCCCCGCCCCCCUGAAGCCAGCAUGGCGACACCCUUUCUGUGGAAGCUGUCCUCCCAGAAGCUGGGCUUCUUCCUGGUCAGCUUCGGGUUCAUCUGGGGCAUGAUGCUGCUGCACUUCACCAUCCAGCAGCGAGCCAGCCACGAGAACAGCGCCGUGCUGCGGCAGCAGAUCCUGGACCUCAGCAAGCGCUACAUCAAAGCUCUGGCUGAGGAGAACCAGAGCGUCAUGGACGGGCCCUAUGUCGGGACCAUGACCGCUUAUGACUUGAAGAAAACCCUCGCAGUGUUGCUGGAUAACAUCAUGCUGAGGCUGGGCAAGCUAGAGUCCAAGGUAGAGAACAUCUACAACAGUACAGCGGGAAACCUGACCAGUGGAACCACCACGGCCGUUCCCAGUGCCACCAACCCUGAGAAGGUCAACGUGGCAGACCUCCUGAAUGGAGCCCAGGAGAAGUGUGAGCUGCCGCCGCUGGAUGGUUUCCCUCACUGCGAGGGCAAGGUCAAGUGGAUGAAGGACAUGUGGCACACAGACUCCUGCUACUCCAACUACGGCGUGGAUGGAUCCACCUGCUCCUACUUCAUCUACCUCAGUGAGGUGGAGAACUGGUGUCCUCGUCUGCCCUGGAGGACGAAGAUCCUGAACGAAGAAAUCGACAGGAGGGGACAGGCCGAGUUCCGCACCAGUUUCGAUGAGCUUUACCGGGUGAUGUCACAACGGGAGGAGUUCCGCUGGAUGAUGCUGAGGAUCAAGCGCAUGGCUGAUCCGUGGGUCGCCGCCAUCCGCUCGCUGGCCUCCAAGCAGAACCUGGCCAAGCGUCGGAAGAAGAAGGUCUUGGUUCACCUGGGCCUCCUGACUAAAGAGUCUGGCUUCAAAAUCGCAGAGAACGCCUUCAGCGGCGGCCCACUGGGAGAACUGGUCCAGUGGAGUGACCUCAUCACCACGCUGUACCUGCUGGGACACGACGUUCGCAUCUCAGCCUCCCUGGCCGAGCUCAAAGAAAUCAUGCGGAAGGUUAUGGGGAACAAGUCCAGUUGCCCGACACAGGGCGACAAGGUGGUCGAGCUCAUCUACAUCGACAUCGUGGGACUGACCCAGUUCAAGAAGACACUGGGACCUUCCUGGGUCCACUACCAGUGCAUGCUGCGGGUGCUGGACUCGUUCGGGACGGAACCGGAGUUCAAUCACGCCCACUACGCCCAGUCCAAGGGCCACAAGACGCCCUGGGGGAAGUGGAACCUCAACCCGCAGCAGUUCAACACCAUGUUCCCCCACACCCCAGACAACAGUUUCCUGGGCUUCGUGGUGGAGCAGCACCUCAACGCCAGCGACAUCAGGCACAUAGACGACAUCAAGAGGCAGAACCAGUCGCUCGUCUACGGAAAGGUCGACAACUUCUGGAAGGAUAAGAAGAAAUACCUGGACAUUAUCCACGGCUACAUGGAGGUUCACGGCACGGUGCACGGCACCAGCACGGUGCACCUGCCGAGCUACGUCAAGAACCACGGCAUCCUGAGCGGCCGGGACCUGCAGUUCCUUCUCCGGGAAACCAAGUUGUUCGUGGGUCUGUCGUUCCCGUACGAGGGUCCGGCGCCCCUAGAGGCCAUCGCCAACGGCUGCGCCUUCCUCAACCCCAAGUUCAGCCCCCCCAAGAGCAGCAAGAACACCGACUUCUUCAAGGGCAAGCCCACCAUGAGAGAGCUGAGCUCCCAGCACACGUACGCCGAGGUGUACAUCGGUCCGCCGCACGUCUGGACCGUGGACAUCGAGAACCCGGUGGAGGUGGAGAAGGCCAUCCGCUCCAUCCUCAGCCAGAAGAUCGAGCCCUACCUGCCCUACGAGUUCACCUGCGAGGGGAUGCUGCAGAGAGUCAACGCCUUCAUCGAGAACCAGGACUUCUGUCACGGGCAGGUCAUGUGGCCUCCGCUCAGCGCCCUGCAGGUCAAACAGGCCGAGCCCGGGCGCACCUGUAAGCAGGUGUGUCAGGAGGAGCAGCUCAUCUGUGAGCCGAGCUUCUUCCAGCACCUCAACAAGGACAAGGACCUGGCCAGGUUCGGCGUGGACUGCCAGACGGUGGAGUCCAGCUCCGACACGCUGGUUCCCGCCUACAGCGACACGCGGCGCCACUGCAUCUUCCAGGCCGACCUGCUGCUGUUCAGCUGCGCCGGCGCCCACACCACGCUGCGCCGCAUCUGCCCCUGCCGCGACUACAUGAAGGGCCAGGUGGCGCUGUGCAAGGACUGCCUAUAGCAGCCACACGCCAGCCCACGGGAGCGGGGGGGCACCGACGAGGCUCGAGGGCGGAGAGCAGCUUAACGUGUGUGUGUGUGUGUGUUUGAGAGACACACACACUCCUGCAGCUGUCACACACACACACUGAACUCAUGUGUGUGCGGACAAACAUUCAUGACACUGUGUUUGUUUCUCAUCGUCAUGGUUCCGAAGUCGCUCCUCGGACUCACCAGCAGGGGGCGCCACGGGUCCCUGGAAGGGAAGUGGAAUGACUUGAGUGGACAAAGGGAUUGGAACAGGAAACGCUGCAGCUCCGCGGGGCCGAGCGUGUCCGUGACCUUCAACACGGCGGUACGGCCAAGCCCCUCCCCCUGACAGCUGCCCCGCCCACCUCACCUGGACCCGCCCCCCUCCCCUCUAUCCUCCUCCCCGCUCAAAUCUGAAUCUGCUCAUUGUUUAGGUAGGUUUGCACUGGACUGGCAUGCCCGGAGGCCCCCCCCCGACACACAUAUCCACACACGCAAAGGGGGAGGGGCCUGACAAAUGGCGGCUAAAAAAACGAAACCAGUUUUACACUGUAAGCGACUUGUUCCUCUCUCGUGGACGGACGGGACGAGAGCCGACAUGUAACAUAGAAUCUAGAUUUCUAUUCUGGAACUUUUAGCGUUUCCUGACACAUCCUCCAGAUUUCAUUCCCUCACGAGCGGCAGCGACCACGAGCGGAUUCCAGCCGCCGGCGUCUUAUUUAAACAUUUCAAGAGGAGGGAGUGUUCGUGGCCAGUAGAGAAUCGUUAAAGUGUUCCGGUACGACGCCCACCAGGGGGCGAGGGCGAGUUCUCUGAAGUCGUAGGAAUGUCGUGACUCAGACACGUGGUCGGUAGCAGCGGUGACAUCACACACGUUGGCCUGCGUCCGAACACACACAAAGUAACACAACAGCAGCUGUAACUCCCUCUCUCGCUCGCCUCGCUCGCCCGCCUCAUCGUCAGGAUCUUGAUUUGCCGGCAGGUUUGCAAAUGUUAAGAUCCAAAAAAAAAAGUUCAAUUUGUAGUUAUUUGUGGUGAAUUGAAAAAAAAAAAGGUGCACUACGUUUAUCUAUUAGAGGAUCGAGGAGGAUAUUAGUAACACUGUAUAUUGUUCAUAUGGGUUUUUAUUUAUUUUGUAUACAGAUCUUUAUCUCGGUUUUUGCUGGAAAUCGUUAGUUUUUUAUUUAUGGAAGGGGCGUCGUCUUAAUUUUGUCUUUUGUUUCCCUUUUUUAUAGAUUUUUAUUUAUGGAGAGUAAUUUAAAAAAAAUCGACAUUAAAAAAAACGUAGUGGGGGGGCGGGGCUUUGUCUGCUUCUGUUCCGCUUCCAGAAGUGACGAGAAGAAGAAAUAAACUUUAGAGAUGGAGUUUUAUAAGUUUGUAGAAUUGCGACUCACUAUACAAGUUGUAUAACUGUUUAUAGUUUUUAGAGCACAGAGGUAUUUCAUUUUGUACCUGCAAAAUAUAUUACGAAUAUUAGUCAAUUUCAGAAUUUACGCCCAAAUAAACGUUUACAGAUUCACGUGUUGCUGCAGAAAUAAGAGAUUUAAACUUUCAGCUGCAGAAUUAAAAAGUAGAAACUUUAAUUUCUUUACUUUCCUCUUCUUCUCGUCUCUAAGCCGAACAGCUGCAGACAGAUGUGGCCUGUUUUAUUGUGAAAGGCAGCGGCCUCGUACACUUUGAUUUCCAAUCUGCUAUUUUUGUUUUGCACAAACAGACACACAAACAGACACACAAACAGACACACACACAGACACACACCGUCCAGCUUUACGUUCUCACUGCGUCGGCCCAGACUCGUGUUGUGUGUCUUUAUUUUGUGUUCUGCCGCCAACUCUUUGUUUCUCAUGUGCCUUCUCAUGGUCACGUGUGUUUCCUCAUUUCUUUAAAUCUGUUCUACUGUUGACGGGAAAUGAUUUUAAUUCAACGAUUAAAGAUUAUAUAUUUUUCUUACUUUAAUUUAAUACACUUUGUUUUUUACAUGUUAAUUAUAGAAUCGACCCAAGCCUAAUUUAUUCAGUGCGAUGACUCAGCAAAUCACCGCUGAUCCUCAGUAAAGUAUAAGAUCAGUGGAUUUAUUAUUUAAUAGAGAUUUUAAUCUGUAAACUAGAUUUUCACGGAUGUUCAACAGAUGCUAAAUGUUUGUUUUGCCCCAAACUGAACACGGUUUGACUCCUUUUGUUUUUCUGCACGUGACAAACAAGUGUUUUUUGAUCAAGCAGAAGUAAACUUUGUUGGAGACCUUUUAAAAGUUGCAGAUAAACACACGGUGAUCAGGUUAUUACUGGUUUUGGUCUUUUCAUGGAUUCUUGACCUAAUUGAGUUUCUUGAUGUUCUGUUGCAGCCGAGGCCUUAUUUCUUUUUUUUUACAUCACGCUGUCGAUCACAUUAUCAACCGUUGGGUUUCCAGAAGCUGACUGAAGGUCGUGAACGUCAGCUUCUUCACCACAUUCGUUUGUUUUAACCUCGAGCGUCUCCAUCGUAAAAGAGAAAACACUUAACUCACAGUGGAACAAACUCAUCAGUCCUUGUUUCUGAAUCUGGAGCCUCAGUGUCUGAAACAGCCGAGCGGAGACGAUCGUGGUGAAGAACGACAACGGGUUUGUUUUCAGUCCUUGAUGAGUAAAGAGGGAUAUAACUUUAUUUUUAAAUAAACCUUUUUCUGUGA